ACAGAUUCAGCGGGGCUUGUCAUUCCCUCCCUCUUAGGCUUCCCAGACACUGAGUCUGGAAUGAAAAUUCACCUGCCUCUGAGUUGGCUCCUGGUGGGGGCGGGGGUGUUACUUAGGUUCCCAGGUUGGAAGAUUAUCUCACCCUGUCCCAGCUAUAUAAGCUGACCAGCGUGGAGGGGCUCAGCAGGGCCAACUCCAGGGAUUCCUUCCACAGGAACAAAACACACGGACACACUUUUCAGUCAACAUGAUGAUGCUGAAAGUAGAGGACCUGGUCACAGGGAAGAAGAACAGCAAUGGGGAGGCAGGGGAAUUCCUUCCUGAGGAUUUCAGAGAUGGAGAGUAUGAAGCCGCUGUUGCUUUAGAGAAGCAGGACGAUCUGAAGACACUGCCAGCCCACCCUGUGACCUUGGGUGAGCAACAGUGGAAAAGUGAGAAACAACGAGAGGCAGAGCUUAAAAAGAAAAAACUAGAACAAAGAUCAAAGCUUGAAAAUUUAGAAGACCUUGAAAUCAUCAUUCAACUGAAGAAAAGGAAAAAAUACAGGAAAACGAAAGUUCCAGUGAUGAAGGAACCGGAACCCGAAAUCAUAACAGAACCUGUGGAUGUGCCUCGGUUUCUGAAGGCUGCCCUGGAGAAUAAACUGCCAGUAGUAGAAAAAUUCUUGUCAGACAAGAACGAUCCAGAUGUUUGUGAUGAGUAUAAACGGACAGCUCUUCAUAGAGCAUGCUUGGAAGGACACUUGGUAAUUGCGGAGAAGUUAAUGGAAGCUGGAGCUCAGAUUGAAUUCCGUGAUAUGCUUGAAUCCACUGCCAUCCACUGGGCAAGCCGUGGAGGAAACCUGGAUGUUUUAAAAUUGUUGCUGAACAAAGGAGCAAAAAUUAGCGCCCGAGAUAAGUUGCUCAGCACAGCGCUGCAUGUGGCGGUGAGGACCGGCCACUACGAGUGUGCAGAGCAUCUCAUUGCCUGUGAGGCGGACCUCAAUGCCAAGGACAGAGAAGGAGACACUCCCUUGCAUGACGCGGUGAGACUGAAUCGUUACAAGAUGAUUCGACUUCUGAUCAUGUAUGGCGCAGACCUCAACAUCAAGAACUGUGCUGGGAAGACCCCGAUGGAUCUGGUGCUGCACUGGCAGAACGGAACCAAAGCCAUAUUCGACAGCUUGCAAGAGACUGCCUACAAAACCUCUCGCAUAGCUACCUUCUGAGGGAAACACAGACUCUCUCAUCAGUUCACUGGCAUUUUGAAGGCACGGCCCCAGAGAAGAGCAAGGAGCCACACCGUCUAGUUUCUGCUUAUCCGCGUGUUAAGACAUACCUAACGAAGUUUCGAAAAGCACAGGGUUAGAGGGAUUUACAUUUCCUUUAGUGAAACUCACUCUGUUUAUUUUUAUGUAUUCCAGUUUAUGUAUUAAUUAACUUCCACGAGCCUGAUAUUCAGACCUUCGUGAUCAUCCAUCUGUCUGGUGAGCCAAGCUUCAUUUGUCCAUGUUGUUUUUGGAGUCUUCCCAGAGCUGGGUUUCACGCCAGGGGAGUGAGCAGUGGUCUUUAUGUGUCCCCUCAUGCGUGUAAGCUAGUUCAAGGUGUUUUUAAAAGACAAAGGCGAUCUCGGCAGCCCUGUUUGCUCCGGAAUUUUUAAAGCUGAAGUUUGAAUGAAGCAAGGGAAGGCAUGUAGGGACAGGAAAGGACACGAGGAAUGAAAGUGAUUCUGUGGGAAAGGACAGUGAAGUCAGCCAUUUUAGCCCCUGGGCUGGUUUCUUUUCUUUUCUUUUUUAACGGAGUCACACAAGGAACCAAGGUGAAGAGGACGUCAUGAAUGUAAGCGCGGGACGGUGGAAGGAACGGCCAACUGGGCCACACAGAAUUGAAUUUGCUCAAAAAAGACAAGAGGUCAUGUGAAAUGUAAAUGUGUAAAUGUUUAUUGUGUUGUAUGUAUAUUUUACAUUCAUAAUAAAAGCAAACAAACUC